CUCUCACCGGAGGAGGCACGAGGACAGCAGCAGGGAGGGUGGAGAGCUCCGGCGCUGACCGUGGAGGACAGAAACACGCACGAGUGCCUUCAGAGAAAAAGAGCUCAAUCUCUCCCCCUCUUUUUUAAGAAGAGCUGCGCGUACCCUGACGAAGGUAAGAGACUUUUUUUCUCUCCUCCUCCUCAUCAGACAGCUAACCUGAAAGGCUGAGUGACUUCACAUUUCCACGAUGGAUAAUUAUGAUUGCUUUGGAUUCAUUUUCAUCAAGUCGAGGAUGUGGUGAUUGGUUUUUUAAUUGGCCUGAUGAGAGCAUUGUGGAAAUUGCUCUUUUUUCCUAUUAGCAGCAGAAAUGCUAAUAAUUCAUGCAGCCCUGCAGCAGUGUUUGAUGCAUACUUCAAAAGUGGCAACAUGAUAAAAGUGAAGAAAAAGGAUUCGUAUUUGUAGUGAACAAACUCAAAUAUAAAACAUUUCCACUCAACAGGUUGAGCGUUUUGCUCUGAUACAUAUUCUAAAAAGGUGUGAAUGUUAGGGUUAAGAUGAUGGAUGGUUCAAGUGUCAGGGGACUGCAAAGGCUCAUGGUUUCAAUGAAAGGAGAAUUACUCUCUGCAUCUGAAGGUUAACACAAACAAUAACAUUUGUCUCCAUGGAUGAGAGCACAAAACACUUCAAUGUUCUUUCCAAAGGGCACAGUGCAGCUUUAGUGCUCAAGGUUGAUAAAACAUAAAGAUUUACGUCACAGAGGUUUUGAUUUAGGGACUUCCUGCACUGACUCUUCUCUAGAGAGAGCAGCGUUUUAGAAACGGACUACAACCGUGCAGUCAUUCAUCAUGAUCUACCGCACUGCUCAGGAGAGCUGACAGAUAGUUUCACCACAGUGUUUGUGAAAACUGAUGAUAAGUGAACUGCUGUGGGACCUGAACUGGCAGCACAUUAGAGUACAAUGUUGAGAGGAUCCAGGUGUGUGUUUUUUGAGAAGACCAUCUACAUUUGUGUGUUUAAAGAUGAGGUUUGAAGGAAAAACAUUCAUUUUAAAAAUAGGAGUUUUCGCUGAGGUGGUGAAGAGGAAUACUUAAUGAUCUAUUAUCUAUCUAUUUCACAACACUGCAAAUAAUCCUUCAAGAAAACGAACAAAAAAUGUAGGUUAGAGAGACUUGUUUUGGGCUCUGACACUCUUAUCUGGCAGUGUAAGUGAACUUAUUGUCAACAAAGACAAACUGAUGCAUUUAAGAAUGUAAUUUAUUCAUGAUUUAUUGAUAGAAAUGUUAUCUCAGUUCAUUUACUUAGCAUUUAAUUUCUAAAUUAAAUGCGUGUGCAGUGUUUGAUGAAUGGUUGGUGGCAAAACAAAGACUGUAAAAGAACAGGACCUUCUUUUCUGCAGCGUAGACAAAAUGCUGUCAUUAUUACUACACACCCUUGAGACAGUAAAGCUGUCCUGUGGGUACAGGCUGCAGCUCUGAGUGAAUAUCAGCACGGUCAGGCUACAUUAAGUCAUUUAAUAAACCAAAUGAUAUUCUCUCUCCUAAAACAAAACCCUAGUUAUUAGUCCAAUCAGAGAUUUUGUUUGGCUGACUUGUUUCACUUCUGUAAUGGCCACUCAGGCUGGAGAGGCGAACGGCAAAGUUUCUUCAAGGGCAAUAUGCCAUCUCUGCAUAAGAUCCCAUAAUGCAAUAAAAACAGCAGUACCCUUGGAUUUCAGAUGUAAAUGGGGAUGUAAUGGUAUUUGCCGGUGGCUUUUAAUCCAAUAGGCUAUUCUCUGUGAGAUGCAUGGAGGGUCAUUGUAUGUACGUAAGCUGGUCAGCUAAAUCAAAUGCUCCCAGGGAUGCAACAUGAUUGGAAACGGGAUCAGACCAGCACUCAGCUUUAUUGGUUCGGUUUGUGUAUCUACCCACUUAAGGAAUUUUAUUCUGGUUUGCAUAGCUCAUAGUCUGCAGAGUUAAUAAACAUACAUGCAGCUUCAAACAUGGACAGUAAUAAGAUUGAUGCGAUAUCUAACAAUCAACUGUUGAAUGCAGGAGGAGCAUGUACCCCAGAUUUCUAUACUUGAUUUUGUUGCUCUUCAACAAUCGUUCUUAGUUCUUAAAAUCAGGAACAACCUUAUCACAUGCGUCAUAAUAAAUUAUUCGGUAUUUCUUAUUUUACCUCUUCCUGUUGACUCUGUGGCAAAAAAUAUCUGUUUCCAUCUCAGAUUUUGAGACUCUGAAACUAAUGAUAGUAGACACAGAUGUGAGAGCAGAUGGCCCCAACCAUCUCUGUCACAGUGGGAAAAAAUGAAUCAAAACCUUGGUCUCUAAUCCAGCAAACUGUAGCAGAGAUGGUGUAGAUGAUCCCUGAACAGUAAUGCAGAUGACAAGUAGUGUUGAAAAGCAAUGUUGGUAGCAGUAAUGACAUUUUACUUGUUUAAAGGUGUGUUAAUUGCACAGCUGUGAUUAAUUGUUGAAGAGUUCCACUCUGUACUUUGGCAGCCACAGCCCUCUUCUCUUUAUCUUUUUGGACUUAAGACAAACGAGUCAUUAGUUAAAAUACACAUAUGAGCAGGUAGACCUGUCGCAGUGGAGAUGCAAAUCUCAAUAGUGCUGUUACUUGCCAACAGCAACCUUAGAGAGCAGUGAGUGCUAGAUUACCUGAUUACUGUGCGUUGAUGCACUUUCAUUGUAACAUCAACAUCAGAAGAAGGUGGUGCUCUCCAGUGAGAGUGCAGGCUACAGCUCUGCACUGACCAAGCUGCAGUCUCGCUGAUGUCAGACACGAAUCACUCCAUUACGCUGCCUUUCUACCCAACACUGUGGCUGCAGUUGUUUUGGAGGGACUAAAUCUCCAUUAUUUCAGCACUAACCUCAUAAUAUGUGUGUACAAAAAUCGGGACCCGCCUUCACGUGCAACAUCUGCAGCCGAGUCUGCCUCUCAUGCAUUUGGCUUCUUAGUCAAAGAAGAUGCGCCAAAACCCUAGCUCCUAGGCACAGGAAAUCCAUGGUCUUCUGAGACUGUGAUGCCGAUGAUGCCAAAAAUCAAAAUGUUUAGACAGGUGAUGACAGUUCUUCAAAAUCCAUCCAAGUGAUCAUUCUCUGUGUCGCAUUUGCUUUGAGAAAUAAUCAAAAUCCAUGUAAAAGCAGACUGUAACACCAGUGAUGGUAUCAUUUGAAAUGAAUAAAAUCAUCUUUUAAUCAAGAGUUUAUUCGAGUGUUUAGUUGGUAGUUGUAUAAAGCAAAGUAAUGUAGAUGUUUUUUAUUUAUACAGCCCAUUACAACAACCCUUUCAGUGAACCAAAGUGUCGCAUAAUUGUACAUCUUACAUGAUCUAAGUCACAUAAAAAGUGAGCUUGUUACUUCACUGUUAAGUCUAAACAUUAUCCUGCUUGUCUUUUAUAAAUCACAGUGUGUUGUUAUUUGUGGUUGCCUCUUGUCCUGUUUUCUUCACUUUGAUGGAUGUCUCUUUCACUCUAUUCUCCUGUGUUCUUACGCUGAUUACUGGUCUGCCACUUAUCACAUUAUCAGAAAUAUCCUCUUUUGUCUACUAAUACUACUGGGCAUUGAUGUGAUUGUCACGUUGUCAACAAACAGAGAUGAAAUCAUGAACAGUACACUACAUGCACUGUAAGUUCCUAAUGUAGAGUCAUCUGUUGAGUGUGAAAUGUGUGAUCAUUCUCUGUGUCGCAUUUGCUUUGAGAAAUAAUCACUGUUGAUCAGAGGCUUCGACCAAUCAGCCGCAUGAUUGGUGAGACAGCUGAGUAAUGAGUGAGAUGAUGUAUAGCGAAGAGUUGAUUAUGCCAAUCUAAAUAACUUGAGAACCUUGAGUCGUCUCACUGAUAAUGAUCACACAUCAGAGACCUAAGGGAUCAAAUGUUUGAUACUUUUAUUGAGAAGUGGCGUUGAAAAUUAAUCCAUAAUUUAUUCUCCAGUAGGGUGGCAUUUAGAUGCUAUGGGUCAUGUAGGAUACAGUCAACACAUCAGUGACAUUUCAGCCUCACAAGAAUGUUCAUGUCAGCGUACAUGCAAGAAGCGUACCACUCUCUUGACUGCGUUUCUAUUUGCCAGACUAUAUGCAUUCUGACAGCAUUUCCAUUUGUUGCCUGCAAUCAUCCUUUCCUUUCAGAGGAACAUUUAUUAUGAUAUGUGCAUCUCAUUGGACGAGCCAGAAAGGUUGUGAAGGCAGCCAGUAAUGGAAUAAAUUAAGUCAUUUAACAUCCUAUAGCCAUUUAUCAUCUUGGCAUAGCUCUGUCGUUGCCCUGAUACCUCCGUUCAUACACGUGAAUGAAUGAAACAUGAGGCGCAGAGUUCUGUAAGGGGGUUUGUGGUAGAGGGUAAGCUUUAUGUUUUCAGUAUACUAUCAUUCAAAACUCAUCAAUAACCGCAGCUUGGUGAGCGGUCGAAAGCUUUAAAACACAGCAUUACAGCAGGUAUGACUCUGAUGCCUGUUUGGAAAUAUCUUUACUGACAGAUUCUGCAUGCAAAUAUAAAACCUUCAUAGAAAGUACCAGAUUGGAGAUGAAGAGAUCUGGUUCUGAAUGUGUGUGCAUGCAACCCACAUGCAUUUCAACAAGCACUGCGAAUGCUUUCGUGCAGACAAGCAGUCUGCAGAGAGGAAAAGAGUAGUAUGAACUCUGAAUGUAAAGCAAUCUCAGAACCUACCAGCAGCCAUGUAACCAAGAUAAGGUUUUAAUUAAUGCGCAGGUAUCUGCAGUUAGAAAUCCACUCAAGGGUGUCAUCUGUCAACACUUUCUACAUUCUCAACAUAUAAAGCUGCUCAUCAAGCUGUAAAAUAUUGCAGCCCUGAAAAAGAAAGUCUUCUCUGGAAGUCCUCCGCUGCUAAACUCUGGUUUCACUGGAAGUUCCCAAAGUGUUGGUCAUUGUCAUAUCAGUUUGUUAUGUAAGGGGCUCUAUGGUCAAGACUGUCAAAUCAAAGAUAGUACCAGUAGUUAUAAAGGCUAAGGUGUAGUGAGCAAAGAUACUCAGUUCUCACUGAACUCAAGUUUGUUAAAAGAAUUGAAAAAAAUCAAUUCAGACUUUUUUUUUUUUUACUGUAAACCAGAAUCCAAGGAUUUCCAUGUUGAAGUCUUUAUUCAGCCUGUGGGCCAACAAACUGAGCAUUCUCACAAACCACUGACGUCAGUUUGUCCAUGUGGUGAAACGUGGACAACACAAGGUAAUUCAUCUGCCAGUUGGCAGUAACUCUGGUUACUCGUGGUUAGAUACCCCUGUAGCUGGAUUAUUCUUCGGUCUUCUGAGUCGCUAAGUCCUGUACAUUCAGGGAUUUUGCCAUGUAUUUCUUUACCAUUGGGUUGUCUGGUAAACUGUGGCACAUGCCUGUUUUUUAUCCUAAAGCCAGCUGCAGCUGUACUGCUGCUUCGUGUUCCUGUCAUACAUCUUGAUUCACAUUAUCAUCUGAUGACCACUUUGUCGGUAACUCUAAAUAUUGAUUGUCUUAAAACUGCACUUGACUCCAAAGAAACUUCAAAGUAAUGAGUCAGGAGGCAUUUUUCAGAAUCUACGGGUCACAUACCCAACUCUUACUUCUUCAGACACAGGCACACAUUAAUGAAAUGUGGCCAAGCAGCUGUGUGUCAAGUGUGUGCCAGCUGUCCUGCACACACAGAUUUUCAACUUUAAGAAACAGUUGUUUCUUUAUAAGUUUGUGCGGGGGUGUCAGAAAUCAAAUUAUGUGUGGCCUCUCACAGGCUGCUGGAUCACAUUAUUCAUCUUUCCUGAAUUGUUUUUCUCUGCACCGCCUCAGAUCCUGUAAAUAUAUUCCCUGUGUAUCUCCAUCCAGUGUAAGCUUCAAACACAGGUGGGAUGAGGAAAUAAACUUUUCAUAUGCAGCUCUUUGUGCAGAUACUUCUCCACACAGAGGAAUCUCAUUAUAAGAAGAAAUGUAUUUCAAAUAUCACCUCGCUUAGCUCUUCAGUGGAAACAAUCCAAGAUAUCCACUCACCAGCUACUGAUCUCAGCAUCAAGUGUUUAUUUGGAGGGAAUUUCGUUCCGCCUGCUGGUGGGAUGUGCAGUAAGCGAAAGCCUUUGAUCCGAUGCAUGAACAUGUGACAAGCAUGACUGUGUCCUUUGAAGGCUUUAUCGCAGCUGCUUUUUCAUUUCUUACUCCUCGCUGCUGUUUAUCUCGCUCAGUGACAUCUAAGAUCCCUAACACGUACACAGAGAGUGGCACUUAGUGGGUCUAUCAGUGGCCAAAGCCUUUGCCUUCAUAAUAAAGUGCCCUCCUCGAGGUCCAAUUCCUGGCCUGUCAUCUGGAGGUUGAGUUAGAGCACAGCUCAAAGACACAAGACCUCCAAGGAAGCCAUCACAGGCUUGAAAGUCUGGCCUUUAUAAAGGUAAUCUCUGCUCCCAUUCAUCUCUGUAUCCCCAGCCUCUCCCCGCUUGUUUUCUCAUAACACAUAGAUGAUUUUGUCCACCCCCCCAGGAUUAACAUUGCAGCUGUGGUGUCCUUGUCUUUACCCCUGCCUUUGACUGAAUCCUUUUUCCUUUUUUCCCAAUGUCACCCUACUGUUUCAGAGCUCUGUGGCCUUCAGCGUGUCUUUAAUGGUGCAGCUUGGUUAAAUAAAGGUUUGUUUAAAAUAAGUUAUUAAGAGCCCCAUUGAACAUCAAGGGCAAAGCGCUUUAGCACGCAGCACAAAUCUGAAUUAUGGUCAGUUAUCGAGACUAUAAAACAUCAUGAUGUUUAUGUUCAAGAAAAAAACAACACAUUCAGUCAAAUUGAGGAAAUGCAAGACGAGAGCAUAGCACAGAUUAUUACUUCAUAAGCUUUAUUAGUACAUACAGUAACCUUACAUGUCAUCAACCAUUUCUAAUAAUGCUCAAAUUUCUGAUUUAGUCCUGUGACUGACCCUUCUUUGGAGCAGACACUGAUGAAUAAACACUUUCCGUGCUUGUAUUUUGGUGCUUUUUCUGUCUUGUAGUGUUGCUGCUGUAUUUCCUGCACAGUCAAAGAAUACUUUUAUUUUGAAGUACUAAAAGAAAACAGUUACAUGAAUGGUGAGGAAGUACAAAUGUUCGAUGGAUUAGUAACCAGAAGAGGUAGCAGCUUUAAAGUCAUUGGUAAAUCCUGUCUGAUCCUGCUGGCUGAUCUUGACUUUUGAAUAUUUGACAAAGUUGUGCUGCUCUUCAUGCAUUAAUGUUCGUAUCAGUUGCUUUGGAAAAUCCCCAAUUGUUUCUGCUGUACUGAAGAAUUUCUUCAGUGGAAUAACAUCAGUCCAUGCAUCAAUUUAACUUUGACAGUGACCUGUAUGUGUGCGUUUCCAGCCUUAGAGUAGCACGAUGUUAAAUAAGCAAAGUUAAAUGAAAUGGCUUGAUCCCAGUGUAUUUAAACAGAAUGGCUGAAAUCUGCUGUGUAAGUAGCAACACCCCUGCCCACUUUGUUCCUAAGAAAUUUACGGGCAGGAACACUCAGUACGUUCACGAGACACUUAAGAAAACUGAAUUAUUGCCUUACUCUGACUAAGACCGGACAACUGAAGUGCAUUUUAACAGCUUAGUCCAACUAUAAUUUGAAUUUGAGGACUCUGAUUGGAGUUGGAGAACUCCGAUUAAGACACUUAGAUAUUGCAAUUGGAUUUCUAUUUCCUCUACCAUGUAAUCAGCGUAGUCGGAGUAUGACUGGACAAUGCAUGUGCUCGUGCGCCAUACGCAGACAAGGAUAGAAGUCCCAUUCGGCGAAAAGAAAAAACGAAUUAUGAGCUUAGUCCGAUUAAGCUGUGAUUGUAAACGCACUGACUGGUUUGGAUCACGCCACGCCAAAAACUCACCUUUGAGUAAUCAAGAGAUUACCUCUUUACAGACCUUAAGUCACUCUAAAGCUUAUAUUUUGGACCAUGUGUUUUAGAUCUGCCCAAAAUGUCAACGGCUAAAAAACCAAAAAAACAAUUAGUCUGUUUUUUAUUUCUUUUUUUUCCAGGAUGUCAAGGAAAUUGGGAACACCACUUAUAAGUAGUUCAAUCAAGCACUACUGUUACCAAACAGGAUCAAUUUGCAAAUUGACACCGUCUCUGCUGAAACAGACAGAUAUUUUUACCCUUUUCUAAUGACAGGGAGCUGUGUUAUUAUUCCCUAACCAAUUUGCCUUCCUAAUGGGUUUUUAUUUGUUUAUUUGAUUUGUUCCUAGAGUGCUGAGGAAAGAACAGCACAUAAGAAGAACCAGGUCUUUUUUGGGGUGUUGUCUAUCAAAGCUUUUUGACUGUGUGGUGUUAAUCAUACUUUAUCUCUUUCUUUGUUUUGACAGGUUCCCUUCAACAAAGCCUUUCAGCGUGUCUGAACAUGAAUGCUCCUUGAAAGAUGAAUACACUGGCUGUCAAGUUGUUCAGGAGUAAAUAUGACAAAGUUCCUCUUCCUCUUAAUGUGACACCCUGCCGAGAGAACUUGACAAAGCUGAUGUGACCUGUGAGGAAUGGGCCAGAUCUGCUGCAGCCAUGAAUGAACUGAAAGAGCAGGGGCAGGAAAGUGCUUCAACCUUUUAAUGAGAAGCUACUAAAGGAAACGUUUGUGCAUCAACUUCCUGCGCUCAAUGCCUUGAAAUGUUUCCCUCUGAGAACAGCAGUGUUUUGUCUCCAACAGAUUCCUGUUUGAAUUGCAGCUCCUCUACUUACCCACCAAUGGAUGUAGCCAAAGCGGUGUUGUUGGGGUUACUGCUGGUGGUCUUUGUCGUGUUUGGGGUCCUCGGCAACAUCCUUGUCAUCCUAUCAGUGUUGAUCCACCACCACUGGCGCUCUGUGACUCAUUAUUUCAUUGCCAACCUGGCUGCUGCAGACCUGCUGCUCAGCUCCGCAGUCCUGCCCUUCUCCGCCACCUCGGAGGCUCUUGGCAGGUGGGUAUUCGGCCGCUCCUUCUGCAGCGUCUGGGCUGCUCUGGAUGUUCUCUGCUGCACUGCCUCCAUCCUCAGUCUGUGCGUCAUCUCGAUAGACCGCUAUCUAGCUGUCAGCUACCCUCUGAGAUACCCUGCCAUGGCUACAGGAAGGCGAGGCCUGACUGCAGUGGCUGCCCUGUGGGGGCUCUCAGCGGCGAUAUCCGUGGGUCCUCUUUUCGGGUGGAGGGAGCCCGAGCCGGAGGAUGAAACAGUGUGCCGAAUAACAGAGGAGCCUGGCUAUGCUUUGUUCUCAGCUCUUGGAUCUUUCUAUAUACCUCUGGCCAUCAUCUUGGCCAUGUACUGCCGUGUAUAUACUGUGGCAAAGAGGGAGACAAAGACCCUCAGGAAGGGCAGCGAGGGAGGAGGAGUCGAGACAGAGGGGGUGACACUGAGGAUACACAGAGGAAAUGCUGCUAAUGCAGAAAAACAGGACAGCGAAGAGGGCGAGAAGCCACAUAAACGCACCACCUUUUCUCUGUCAAAGGUGCUGAAGUUCUCAAGAGAGGAGAAGGCAGCCAAAACUCUCAGCAUUGUUGUCGGCUGCUUCAUUCUGUGCUGGCUCCCUUUUUUCCUGGUUUUACCCAUCGGUACGUACUUUUACACCUCUUUAUUUUUGACUUGGCAGAAACCCAGCUUAUGGCUUUUCAUAUAUUAAUAUUUUAUUUUAGUCUCAAAGGCAAGAGUCAGUGUCUCUGAAAGAGAAACCACUGGCAAUUUUCUAAAGACCAGUCAGGUCAUCUCUCAAUGAUCCUGUAGGACGUGUUUGUCCAUCUGAAUCCAAAAUAUCUGUCACCAGGGAAAUUGAAACAACUUUUACCUCCUGUCCAGAAUUUUAAAGCCGCUCUUGCUUUUGUUGCAAACAUCCGGCAGGCUUUUUGAUAUUUUAUGAGUGCCAGUCCAGUUUGACAACCCUGUUUGACAACACUUUUGCACUUAUGUUUGUUUGGUAAGAUUAAAGCAAAAAUACAGAAUUAUGGGUCUUUAGACAUUACUUUGGAUUUCAAUCUGGGCUUAAAGCAAGCAUCAAAAAUGACCAGAAAUGGAACAAAAACAUGCUGGUUGACCAACUUUAGCUGCUUUUUGCGCCCUUCUAUUGUUUGAUGCUGAGCAGGUAGACCACGGCGGAGGUUUAUGACCUUGCCUCCUGCUGCAACAAAACAGAUGCUAAUGAAGCAGAGGAUUUAAGAGACAGGUUAGACAGCUAAACAAUGAGCUAGCUCACUGUGCAGUUUGGAGCUUUGCCACAAAAAUCUGCAGCUUCAUCAGAAAUUAUAGUUAACUCUUAUUGUGUCUCUUGCCCAUCGAAGUGUUGUAAAUAACUUUAUGUGAAAUACCAUAAGAGUAAUGUUCCUUAUUGUAAAACUAUGAAGAAUUUAGAGAUUACACCAUCUAUAGUGCAUAGUAUAAAAUAUUCUCAGUAUCUGGGGAAAUCUCUGUAGAAAGGGUCUGGAAAUCAUUAGGUUUGCCAUUACUUUUGGGUCCUCUGGUAAAGCAAUACAUUAAAUAUUGAUGUGACUCAGUCGUGGAAAUCAUUGUUUGGGCUCUAAAUCACCUCUGAAAACCCCUGCCUGGGAACAGUUUGUUGCUGCUGCCAUAGAUGCAGGGUUUAACUAUACCAUACAAAGAGGAUUCAUAAAUGCUGGUGACUUCUCUGGGCCUGAGCUUGUUUAUGAUAGACCAAUGCAAAGUGGAAAAGUGUGAAGACAUGUUUUUGGAAAUCAUGGAUGUUGUGUCCUUCACUCGUAAGUAAAGAAGGACCACUUGGCUUGUUAUCAGCACAAUGUUCAAAAGCCAGUAUCUGUGAUGGUGCGGGGAUCCGAAGUGUCCACGCCAUGGGUAUCUUCCACAUCUGGCACCUCCAAUGCUGAACAAUACCAACAGGUUUUGGAGCAAUAUAUAGUGCCACCCAGGCAGUGACUUUUCAGCCUUGCACAUUUCUGUAAGAUGAUGCCAAACCAAAUUCUUUGUUUAUUACAACAGCAUGGCUUUGUAGUAGAAGAGUCCUGCUGCUAAAGUGGCCUCGCCCACUUUACCCAUCCCUACUUCAGAGUGUGUCGUAACGUAACAUCACCACUAGUUGUAGUAGUAGGGACAGCUAACUUGAAUCUUUCAACCAGAGAAAGCAGAUCAGAUUAGCUGACAAGGCCAUGCAAAGAUAAAAAUACUUGAUAACAAAACAUGUUUUCAUGGUCAAGGCAGCACUGUGGGGUUUAGAAACUUGCUGGGUUUUCACGACUGUUCAAUAACACAAUAAGAGACACAAAGAAGGCCUAACCUUCAGUGAAUGUCAAAAAAGGAAUUAAAAUGAUUGAUCUGCUGCACAAACUUUGAGAAAGUUAUACUGUCAUGACUGCUUGAUCAAAAAUGAAUUAUGAAUUAAUCAUUGAUUCACCUUAUUAUAAGGGCAUGAAGGGUUUCCCGUGGAGGUUAACUCUAUUCUAAUACACAAAAAAAACCUUAAUUGAAUUUCCAGAAGAAGAAAAGCCGAAUGUAAAUUAAGUGAUUAAGGAUUAUUUUACAGUUAUAGUGAUAUUUUACAAAAGAUAUAGGCGUAAGUGAACAUUAUUAAGAGCAAAUGUUCUUUAAGCCAGAUAUUAUGAACUUAAUAAAAAAAAAAAAAAAGGUUAGUCAGUCAAAAAAAGUGAUGAGUGAUGUUAUCAAAGAGAGGCCAGAAACCCACCUUUAGUAACCUUAUCUGCAAUCUUAAUAGCUUCUUAAAUAACUCUUAUAGCUUGACUGAGAUAAGAGAAAGUCAGUGGGGACCAGUGGGUGUUUCAAGGAUAGUGGUGUAUCAGCAGUUUGCUCUCAGCACGCAGCGAGUGACAUUAUUGCUGAGACAUGUAUUUGGUUACACACGCUGUUUUCUGAUUGAAGGAGGGGACAGUUUAUUGUGGCAGAUAUAAUGAAACACAUUGACUGAACAAAUAAUGGGCUGUGUGUUAUCUGUUAUUUUCUUUUUUAGUGCCAGUGUACACUCAUAGCCAGAUUUAUUUAAACUAAGUGUUUAAUCCGGUUGCAAACAAAGGGAAAUUGAAUUAAAACUGGGACCUGCAGUCCAGCUUAAAUUAACAGCUUUGUUAAGAUUAGCCUUUAAAAUAACACACUCACAUAAUUGGAGUUAUAACAGUUUUUUAGAUCAGUGAAUACAAGCAGAUGUUGAACUUUGCAGCUUUUCCUGAGUGUUUAGCUUUAUGAAGUUUUGCUCAGUUGUCAUGGGGACGGAUGUAUUCAUUGUUCAAUGUGUAUCAUUGCAAUAAUAAUGUUAAAUGCAAGUCUUUUAUGUAGAAUUGAACAAAAAAAUAACACAAGUCCAGAGGUUAACAAAGGGAUAAAUUACUGUCAUGGCCAUGUUAUUCUCUUUCUUCAGCUGAUAAUAUGUUUAUAUAACUGCAAUAACAACACAAGACCAAUGAGUCAUUUUGACAGACACAGGUGAAGGCGCUGUAACUUCUAACACAGAUAAAAGAAUCAUAAACUGUCCGUCCGUGCAAGAAUUAUUGGCUAGUAACCAGAACAGAGCCGUGGAAAUAAAGCUGCCAUUUAAGGCUGACACACUGAAUAAAUCACACAAGAGUCCUUCGUCAGGUGUUGAUGGCUGCAUCAAAACAUUUUCACACGUACAUACAUACAUGCACUUAAACAACCAAGGAAAGAGGGAUGUGUCACUUUUAACCCAAAAUUCAAACAUUUAUUCAGAUACUCAAAUUUAUAGGGCGCUCUAAUUGUAAUCUGGCCAAUCCAGGUUACAGAGGGGGGCCAACUCGGCCAUCACUAAUUUAUAAAGGCUCUGACCUAGGUGCUCAUCUCGGUUCAAGUUUAUGCUCUACCAAGACAAUUUCCAGCACCUGGCCAUUAAAAAGCCAACACAGAGAUGUGCUCUUCAACAUCAGUGUUAAUUUUAUCAAUAAAAGUUAUAAUGAUAAAUGUUUGACAGUGACCCUUUUUUUCCAUUACAAAGACAAGAUGACGAGGGCGCAGAUUCUAUGACGACUUUUUUCUCAUUUUUAUGGGUUUGUGAGCUGUAUGUUGCUAAAGAUACAACCAGCCAUUAGAAGUUGAAUCGACUCCAGAUGUUAAAACAGUGCUUUAAAAAAUAAAUUAUGCCCACUUCUGAACAUUUUUCCUGCAGUUACCAUUGACAGUUUUUGGACAGUUUAAUAAUAAUAAUAAUAAUAAUAAUAAACUACAUCAGCUGGGAGAUAUUGAGGUAGACCUGAUCCAAAGUAUCAAUCAGAUCUGAGUUUUGCCUCAAUACUUUUACAAUAUGGAAGUCAGGUUAAUAUUUAAUAUUUGAUAACAAACAUCAGGGAAUCAUGAAUGUCUUUAUCCAUUUUAAUGACCAUCCAUUCCAUAGUUCAGUGAAUAAAAGUCAAGGUUAGAAAUUCAUAAGGACUGAUCAUCUUGGGACCGUUAGUGCAUAGAGCAAAUCAUUUACCAGUCGAGUUUAAGUUUCCAAAAUGGACAUUUUAAUUAUCUGGCAGCAGCAGUUCAGGAAAGUUGGGGGAUCACCAAGUUAAUAAGAUUUUCAAGUGCCAAAAAUCUCUGCCAAGUAUGAAGCCCAACUGUCUGACUUUUUACUUGGCACAAGUAAAAUCCCCAACAAGAACCCGUAACUGACUCUGCUGUGCUGCUGAACAUUGAACACAGAGAUCUAACAGCAGCCGUCCUGUGGUGUGGCACACAAAAGCUGUUGAGGCCGUAAUUAUUGCUUGAUGACUCUGUCCUUUUUUUUGCUCUCUGAACACAAAAACCAUGAAGGACCUUCAUCCCUCGCUGUGCUUCAACUCUGCUGCUCAGAUCUCUCAGAGGGGACAUCAAAAAUUCAAUUACAAGUAACCAAAUAGACCAAAACACCACUGAGGCAGAAUGAGCUUAUGCUGUGAUAUGAAAUGAAAUAAACCAGACUAUUGCACCAUCCUAAGAAAGCUAUUAUAGAUAACAAGCAUGGGGCCUAAUGGGCUGUAAUACUAGGAGGCAUCCUCAGUCACCCUGUAGCCUCCCGAGACAGCAAGUCAUCAGUGAACAGUUCUGCAUUUCAAUUGAGUCGAACCUUCAUGGCUCAUAGCACAGCGAUCAUAUUAGCUCUGAGGCGAAGACAGUCGAGAUAUCUGGAAUGAGGGUUUCAACACCCCUCCCCUCCAUUUUUUAUGUUACAUCUGCCUUGAGAUUGAAGGCCUGUCGUGCCAAAGCACUUUGUUCCCAUCCUUUCACGAAGACAGUACAUUAUCAUAAGCAAGUGCAUAUAACGAAGUGAAUACCACUCAUCAACAGCACCAUAUAAAUCUACCGUUAAGUAGUGCUUUUACAAAGACUGCUUUUGAGCACAGGAAUCAGAGCUGUGACUUAAAUUUAGCAGCUUUUAUUUCUCCAUCUAAGAGAGAUGUUUCCUGUUUUUGCACUGUGGCUGGAGUGUGAACACAAUCUUUGCAUAGGGUUUUGCAUGGAGCUGGGAGACAUGAAGUUUAAUUGCCUGGAAACAGUUGAUUCAAUUAGGCACUGCAGCAGAUAGCUCCAUUAAGUGGCCAUUUAUAAAUCACGUAAUUUAAUCACAUGAUGGAUAACUGUAUUUGGUGACUUCUUAGGAAUACUUUCGUUGCUUUGAUCUUAAUUUGUAAUGGAUAAUGCAUAAUACCUGCCUCAUAGACUGUAUAGAAUGAAACAAGACAACCUAAUUAAGCAGGUAAUUAUUAUGAUAAUUAUCAUUCAAGAAAACACAGAACUGUAAUAGAAGAAUGAUUGAAAAUGAAACGAGGAAUGUAUCAACAAAUCAGAUAAAAUAUAGAAAAAUAAAUAUUGGAAAAAAAUUGCAGAUAACAAGAUCUUUGGCGUUGACCUUGUUAUUGAAGCUAAUAGGCUUCCUGUCCUUCAUACAUUCAAUGGUGUAGAUAGAGCUCCUCUAACUCAAGGAGAGAUUAAUUCAGGCUUUAUUGAUUUUAUGCAAAAAACAACUAUCAUUGCGGAAAGUUCAGCUAAUAUGUAACGGAUAUGUAACAGAAAAAUCCUAAGUGGCCAGCUCCAGAACUCAGGGAGACCUCAUGAACACCCACAUGCCAAAAUGUGGAAGGUAACAUGUUUACAGGCUAAUAAUAAAGCAGGACAUUAAUGCUAAGAGUUUGACAUAAUUAGGAGCAUGGCUGAUUUGAUUAACAGGCAGGUGCAUUACCGGGGAGUCUUCAGGCCCACCUCAGCUCCACCACUUUGCCUUUGUGGAAAAUAACCAACAGUACACCAACAGUAAAAGCACAACAGCCACAGAAUAAUAUCCAAAUUAGCAGGAAAUCAACUAAAAGGCCAAGAAAUCUGUAGUGACAAUGUUUUUACUGAGCCUACGGCUACUACUGCCACUGCUAUGCUGCUGCUACCGCAACGCAGCUGCUGCCGCAACGCUGCUGAACAAUAUCCGUAUUUUGGGGCUUAAAAGUCACAUCAUGACAAUUGUUUUUGUCCACAACAAGAUUUAAGAAAAAACAUCACAUGGAUACUGUCACACUGAUCUAACUACAACGUCCCAAAGCUUUAAAGGUUUUAUUUUUUUUUUCAAAGUUUCACUGUCAGCUGAGUUACCGACCAUUUAGAGCACAAGAACCAGAGAUUCAGAUAAAUAUAAAUUAAAAUGUUUUCAUCUGUUUUCACAGCUUUCAACAGUAUUUGUUUCAUGACCAGCUUAAAACUCUCCAGGGGAGCUUGAAACAUUCUAAGAUCAUGGGCAUUAUUCAGAGUUGUAGAAGUCUCCUGAACCAGCCUUUGUAUCUGCCUGUGUAGAUUUGACCCAUUUAAGCCACUUAAGAGAGAGAGACAUCAGAAACUGAAGCAUCAUGGUUUUACUUAGCAAAGAAAAAAAGGGCCAAACCAUUAAAAAGAGAUGCAAACCAAAGGUUUGUGGAAAAAACGUCUGCAGGCAGUGGGUUAAGUGGAUUGAGCUUUCAGUCAGUCUUGGGGUUUCAGGGGAAUGGUGUUUAUUUUCCAUUUGUUUUCUGAGUUGUGUCUGUCUGUGUCUUCUCCAGGAUCAAUCUUUCCAUCCUGUAAGCCCUCUGAAACCAUCUUUAAGAUCACCUUCUGGCUGGGUUACCUCAACAGCUGUAUUAACCCCAUUAUCUACCCCUGCUUCAGCCAGGAGUUCAAGAAAGCUUUCCUCAACGUGCUGCUCGGUCGCUGUCUCAAGACUGGAGGACUCGCUGCCAAACCGCAGGGACAUAUCACCGCAUAUUCGUCCAGUCCGGGCCCUGCGUCCAACACCUCUAUCCUCCCAGAACAUAGGCGUGCAUCUGUAUCCUCAUGGCGGUGUUGCAGGGCAGUUUCAACCUCUUCGACGUGUAUAAGUGGUCCAGAUCAGGCUCAAAGUGAACGAAUCCAGAGGAAGAGUCUGCUAAAGGCUUGGUGUUUCUCAGCAAGUCAAACAUCAGUACCACAGAACCCCUCCAGUCACAGAUCAGCUAAGGUCUUGCGCCUUUCUUUAGGCGUUCCAGGAGAGGCUGUUUGAUUGGCAUCCAGUGGCAAAAGAGGAAAUUCGAGUAUCACCAGACUUUUACUUUGGCUACGCCGCAGGGAAACACAUGCUCAACUGUUGCAUGCAUAUUUAUUUUCCUCUGGGGCAAAGUUAGCGCAGAGUGACUUGCCUCUGAGGACACAGGGGAAACUCUACUGCCCCAAGGCUUAAUGCCAGGAUAAAUGUCUCAAAUGUCAAAUAAAGUGAAAAACAUUC